CUGUGGGGAAGAGAGACGGAUUUGUAAACCCCGGAGCCAGGUUCUGCCUGCCGGAGGCCGCUGCUGUGCGGAGACCCCCGGGUGAAGCCACCGUCACCAUGUCUGAUCAGGAGGCAAAACCUUCGACUGAGGAUUUGGGGGAUAAGAAAGAAGGAGAAUACAUUAAACUCAAAGUCAUUGGACAGGAUAGCAGUGAGAUUCACUUCAAAGUGAAAAUGACAACACAUCUCAAAAAACUCAAAGAAUCAUACUGUCAAAGACAUGGGGUUCCAAUGAAUUCACUCAGGUUUCUCUUUGAAGGUCAGAGAAUUGCUGAUAAUCAUACUCCAAAAGAACUGUGAAUGGAGGAAGAAGACGUGAUUGCAGUUUAUCAGGAACAAAAAGGGGGUCAUUCAACGGUUUAGUUUUAAAAUCUGAGGGUCUGGACCAAAAGAGGAGGAAUAUCAGCUUUGGAGUCAGGACGACAGACAUGGUGAGAAUGAUGACUAACUCCAAAGAUGGCUUCACUGAAGAGAAAAGCAUUUUAAGAUUAAAAAAAAAAAAUCUUGUCAGAAGAUCCCAGAAAAGUGCUAAUUUUCAUUAGCAGUUAAUAAAGUUAUUCAUGCAGAAGUGUAUA